AUGGCAAGCGAAAAGUCAGAUACCCAGAAGCAGGAUGCCCAGAUCAAGUCGGCGGACAUGAGCGAAGAGAUGCAGCAAGAGGCCAUUGAAGUCGCGCAAUCGGCAAUGGAGCAGUUCACUAUCGAGAAGGACAUUGCUCAGUACAUCAAGAAGGAGUUUGACAGCAGGAAGGGUGCUACAUGGCACUGCAUCGUAGGCCGUAACUUUGGAAGCUUCGUUACUCACGAGACGAAGCACUUCAUCUACUUCUACCUCGGUCACUGCGCAAUCUUGCUCUUCAAGACACAGUAG